AUUUAACUUAAAACUUGUGACAGAAGUGGCGAAAGAAUCCGAGUUUCAUAACGCAUGCGAGUGCUUUUCCAUUUCAUCUGUUCCUAGGGCCAAGGCACAGCUUAGUAGUCACCCAAAUCACUAAAUAGUUAGCAAAGAACCUGCGAGAUUAAACAACAGAAGCGGAGACCAUUUCCACACAUCGUGCCAUUUUUAUCUGGGCAUACCUUGAUUACGUGAUUAUCCGCGACAGGGGCUGCGCAGCAGCAGCUAUAGCAACAGCAACAAUGGUUUCCUACUUCGUACCUCGCGGCCGCUUCCUGCUGAAGGCCGGCAAUCUCAGACAGGUGGUGCAGCAGCAGCACCAGCAGGCCCAGAUGCAGCUCCAGACCACCAAAGCUUCACAGCCGCAGGCACAGAACGGAAGCUGGCCGGUAAUACGCCACUUCCGUCAGUUUUCCUCGAAUUCUGCAUCCAAAGAGGCACCUCUUCACCACCGCCGUCCGCCUCCACACAAAUUCAAGCAGCAACUCAAUUCCAGCCAGGAGGUAGCACAGGUACGCCGCAACGUGCUCGCUCGGUGGACUGGGUUUCUCCUGCGUUGGGCGCCUAUGGGCAUUUGUGUGUUCGGCGCCAUUGAGUGGCAGUUGCAGAAGCGUCGCUGCGAGCAGGAAGGCCAGCCCAGGACCGCCUCCGAACUUCAAUCUCGAAUCUACUGCUCGCUUCCCCUGCGCAUCAUCAGCCGUUGUUGGGGAUGGCUGGCCGCCUGCUACAUGCCUCCAACUUUGCGACCUUAUGUAUACGGUUGGUACUCGAAUACAUUCAAAGUCAACCUGGAAGAGGCCCAAUUUCCAGAAUAUGAACACUACAGCAGUUUGGCGGAAUUCUUUACGCGUCCGCUGAAGGAAGGCGCCCGCACCAUUGACCAGGAAGCCCCCCUCGUUUCUCCGGCAGAUGGCAAGGUGCUGCAUUUUGGAAGUGCCUCAGAAUCGCUAAUCGAACAAGUUAAGGGUGUAAACUACAGCAUCGAGGACUUCUUGGGUCCCCUACAGACCUUAGAGCAGGCCAACUCGGGAGUUCCUUACGCCCAGGCUCUAAAAAAGAAGCAGGAUGGCUCUACGGAGCUCUACCAGUGCGUAAUUUACCUGGCUCCUGGCGACUACCAUCGUUUCCAUUCGCCAGCGGCCUGGAAACCCUCUAUCCGACGACACUUCUCCGGGGAACUGCUAUCCGUAAGCCCGAAGGUGGCUAGCUGGCUGCCGGGAUUGUUUUGCCUGAACGAGCGCGUUUUGUACAUGGGACAGUGGAAGCAUGGCUUCUUCUCCUACACCGCUGUGGGUGCAACAAACGUGGGAUCUGUUGAGAUCUACAUGGAUGCUGGACUGAAGACCAACCAGUGGACGGGCUUUAAUGUGGGCAAGCAUCCGCCCAGUACCUAUGAAUACGAUGAACUAGAACUGAACCAGACCGCACCGGCAACAGAGUUCGGGAAGGGGGACCUUGUGGGCCAGUUCAACAUGGGCUCCACCAUUGUUCUGCUAUUCGAAGCGCCGAAGAACUUCAAGUUCGACAUCGUGGCCGGGCAGAAGAUCCGCGUGGGCGAGUCUCUCGGACACAUAGCUGGCUCCAAGUGAGGAAUACUCUUCAACCAAAUCUUGUCCUAUUGUCGACUAUUGCUCACAUCACUCUUUGUAUUAACGUUGGACACUCGUGUCCUUGGAAUAUGUAUUUUGUGAAGAACCUGCGAAGCUGAAACUGUGUAUUGUUGCCAUUUUAGUAGUCCUAAGUAAUAUUUUUAUAAUAAAAAGUCGAAAUAUAUUUGAGUACAAAA